AAAAGAACAGAGGGGUUAGUGUGCAGGAACGCAAUUCACUGUGCGAGGAAUCCCCCCUACUGCACCUACCGGUAGACACUGCACGCAUCCCCUGCUGAGCUGCACUGUACGGAACACUGUUGAAUCGCCCGCACACUUGGGGGAGACUGCUGCUGAACCCAAACGGCUCCUCUGAUCCAGACUAUCGGCUGACCUAACGCAACGCUUGUGCUUCGAACACACAUCGCCAACCAAUACCACCACGAUUUGACACAACCCAUCACGAUGGUCGUCUUGAACUAGCGGCCGCGUGCGUCGUCUUAGUGCAUCAGCAGCUGGUGCAAGGAAUCCUCUCGCACCUAUUUUCUGGCGUGUGCCCACUGCGGCGUUGGAAGACCUCAGGGGGCUGCUUCUCUGUUGGCGCGCAACGUCCUGAAACAUUUCGGGCUUGACCCAACGACGAUCCCGACGUCCCAUCUCGCCGCCUGCCUGCAUCUUUCUUCCAUCAACAAGCACUCUUCCUCAUCCCAUCCGCCACUGCAGAGCCAGAAACUGCUCAAGGCCGCAGUGCUCUCGCCAUGGAGCGGCCAGACCGAACCGAGCGAACGCCAGCCGUGGCAACUUCGCAAUCUUCCACACGCGGCCUGCCUGAGAACCCAGCACCGGGCCGUAGAAUCGGCCCUGGCCAAAUGCAAUUGUCGAACUCGAAUACGCUGCUCCCCCCACCAGUGCCUCCUGUUCCGACAGGCUCAAAUAUACCGGCAAAUGGAAACCUCUCUGCGUCCCGGGCGUUGACACCCACGCAGGUUAUCAACCUUGCCAAGGAAGCCAUGGCUGCUGCCAUGGAGAAUGAAAGUCAGGCCGCCGAAGCCUCUUCUGCUGGUAUUGGGCUCCAAUCCGGCGUUACCAUUGACCUGAGUCGGAAGAAUAUACAGAAGCUACCCGAAGAAGUCAUUGAUAUUGUCAAAGACCAGCUCGAACGGCUGGCCCUAUCCCACAAUCAACUGGCAACGCUCCCGUUCCGUUUCUCCGAAUGUACAUCCCUCAGAUACCUCAAUAUUCGUGGAAAUCAGAUCAAGGAGUUCCCCAUGACGCUAUGCGACUUGACGUCCCUCGAAAUUCUGGAUCUUGGUCGAAAUCAACUACGGAUCCUACCAGCCGAUAUUGCCAAGCUGACAUCACUAAAGGUUCUGUCCGUUCCGAAAAACCAUAUACGAGAACUACCACUCUGUUUAGCCGACAUGGGUUCUCUGCAAGUUUUAAAAUUUGAAGGAAACCCCAUCAGCUUUCCUCCCAAGGACGCUUUCCAGGUUCAAGCGUCCAGUCCUCCGAAUGAGGGUCGAGAUUCUGAAGUCACUGAAGUGGCCGUGACGUCGCACAUCAAAAAGUUCUUGAAGCAAUACGCUAUCUCUGGUCGAGCCGAAUCUGAGGCAGGAACUGGCGACGAGUCAAGUGAGGUGGAAGCGCCAACACGCUUUCCACUAAAGAGAGCUGCAAGUGGCCGAUUUCCAAUCCGUGUCAAUGGCUCCGAUGUUUCUGAGAUGAGAUCACCGGUUAUUGGCCAGCGAGCACCACCAAUUCCGAACCGAUCUCACUACAGAGGCUUAUCACAGCAAAGCACGUCCAUCAGACGGCCAGGCGUCAUGCCGCUCACUAUCGGUGGCAACGUUAACGAGCGUAUCCGAAGCAAUUCAGAAACGCUAGCUCGGCCAGACCGCCCUGAAAACCGAAAUCGACGUAUGGGAAUAGUCCCCAAAAAGACAUCUGAUCUUGGUACGCUUAAUGAAAUGGAAGCCAAUAAUCGUUUCAGCCACUACCGUGGAUUUAGCAUGGGUUCGGCUCUGCAGAGUCCGCCCGGAAGCGCAAAGAGCCCUGCAACACCCAGCGAACCGUUCCUUCAACGCCCAAUCUACGUUCGUCGUCUAUCUGUUCUGCCCGAGCGUAAACGAGACCCUGUUUUCUUCGAUCCUGUCGUCGAAGCAGCCAAGGGCAUUCUCUACUCGGUUUUCCAAAUUCAUCCCAUGAUUCAGAUGUUGAUGACGCUCACUGAAGACCCAUCAUCAGAGAGGUCUAGCCUCGAACCGGUGUUUUACAAUACAAAUUUCCAUGUCGAGCAACUUGAACAGGAGAUACAAAAGUACGAUGCAGCUGGCCACGACGACUAUGGUUCACUUGCCAAGGAGAAUCAAGGUGUUCAUAGCGCUUGCCAAACUCUCGUCGGCGCAUAUUCUCAUGUUUGCGCACUUUUGGCGGAUAACAUUGAUACCAUGGUCAGCAAUGGCGAUGCCCGAUACAUUCGCUCUUUGUUGAUGUUACUCUACAACAGUGUCAUGGAAUUAAGAGCAACACUGGCAUCAGUGACCGCUCAGACAGCUCCAGCGACCGUGUCUCAUGAAGAAAUGGGUAAAAACAGCAACACCAUCAAGGCCUACCAGCGCGACGAGUCCGGCAUUAUAUCUGGGACUGAAACCCCCCAAGUACCUCAGAUACGCAACGAUAGCGGCCUAACAUAUAACGAUGGAAUUCCGAAAGCUCAUGGAGAGGUUGGACCCAGCCCAGGCGGUCCUAGACGUGUUCCACCUCCCCUUAUACAAACGAGAAGCGGCGAUCUACAGCAACCAUUCCACCGACCCACGCCGUCAGAUCCGUCGUUGGCUGACAGUAGAUUCGAGCGCAUCUUUUCAUCGUUGCAUAAGUCUACAAACAUUGUCUUGGAGACGAUGCCGAAUUUCUGCGUGCAACUCUCAGGUGGGCUUCGAAAUGCAGUUGCGCAACGUGCCCCCGAGAAUAUGCUACGAGAAUGGAAGAGCCUUAUAUCCAUGUGCAACGAGACUAUCCAGCGAACAGAAAUGCUGAAAACGCGUUUGAACGCCAUACAGUCAGAUGGUGCUGGUCUGAAAGUGCAACCUGGCUUCUGGGGUACAUGCAGCAAUUUCGUUCUUUCAUGGACAAGGACUCUGGAGAGGAUCAAAGCUGCUAUCAAAACUAUUCCUCUACCACCAGAUACUCGUGGCCGACUGCGACCUCUUCACCAAACAGUUAAGGAGACAAGCAACUUGAUUAUGCAGUCACCCUGGCAGCAGCUUUUCCAGCCAGGUGGCCCAGGCAAUCUAACCAGCUCUUCAAGCGGCUUCGAUAGCAUAAUGAUGUCUCCAACGCAGACUCCGAUCACCCCGCAGAGCGCGGCUCUUGGACCGGCCUUGCAAGCUACCGUUCCAAAGACACCGCAAAGUGCUUCUUUCGAUCGAGCAUUCCAAGGCAAUGUCUUUGACCGGGCCGACGCGCUUAUUGCUAACCCAGGCAUGGCUAUGUCACGCAGUGGUACAAUGAGCAGAGGCCAUUCAAACCUUAGCAGCAUGUCCUCAAUCUCAUCCAUGUCUUCUGAUGGCGCUCCGACGCCAUCGACAAACUUUAGCCCUAGCGGCGAGUUUAUCACAGCCCCUUUCCCAACUGGCAAAGGUGGCCUGUAACAAUUUUUUCACACCCAGGCGGUUAUCUCUUAUUACUAUCGUUUAUUUGAGCUCUCUUUGAGCAUUGCAUUGUGCCAGCACUAGCUGUUGCGCACAGCCUUCCCACUGAAGUAGCAUGGCGAGGCGUUACGGUCGUUUUUUCAUGGUUCAAUCCAAAUAGAUUGUUAGCCAUUGUGUUCAUUUUUGUUUACUUGUUUGCUUUGCCUACUGCUUUUCACUGAACAUUGCUUUGUAUUUCUGCAGAAGAUAGAUGUAUGUAUGAUUAUUUAAAUGCUUGGGGAUGAUGAUACAACGGUGCUUUCGAAGCUGGUCAUAGCAAGAGAGCUAGAGUUGUAAUACACAUUACAUGAACAAAAUUUCUUCUUUGGUCUCUUACAAGUAUGGCUUCUAUAUCAGAUACUACCAGUUUAGUACAACUUGAUAUGAAAACAGUCGCGGCUUGAUCGCCUAG